GCGAUGGUGAAAGCGCUGCAACGAUCUCGGCAACGAUUUUCCAGAUCAAAACAAAAUAAAUAAAAAUUUUGCUGUUUACAUCCGAAUUUUCUUCAGUCGUAAUUUUUCACAAAAUUUAAUUUCGUGGAAUCAAGCAUUGGACUUCGAAAUGAAUAGAACCACCUUUUGCCGCACCUGUGGCCGGGGUGGUUUGGUCUACAGCGUUCCAUUGGUCCAUCAAUCGGAAGUAACAGGCCAAACUGUGCUGCACAUGCUAGAGUAUGGAGUGGGACUGAAGCUUAUCGACGAUGGGGUAUUCCCGCCGCAAAUUUGUCGGCUCUGUUACGGACAGAUCGUGGCGACCUACGAGCUGAAGCAGACGAGCAUAGAAUCUCAGACAUGCUUUCUGCAGUGGUUUCCAUCGGAAACGUUGGUCGGUGUUGCCGAAAACUUGCCUCCGGAUGAAACAGAAAUGAGAAAAGAGAAGAUUGUCCAGGCCGAAGAAUCUGCUCCGCCGGUUGAUGUCCCACCGAGACCGGAAGUUGAAAGUCCCAUGGUCGACUGUUCAAUCCCAAAGGAUGUCGUAUUUACGGAUAAUGAAGUUCAGGAAGCCCUUAUAUCUGGAAUUGCAGCUGAAAUCGCACGACGGGCGAAAAAGGCACAAAGAGCUUAUGAGUGCAAAUACUGCGAUUUUGACACGUUCGAUAAAUUGGAAUACAUUGCCCAUUACAGCGUACACCCGGAAGCUAUAUGCUGCGAGUGCGGGUUUGUCACCAACAGGAAGUUUUCGCUUCGGCGGCACCUGGCGAAUUUUCGAUGCAAUGAGUCUGAUCGUUUUUUGAGUCCCCGGGUUCGUUUCAAACGAACACGUACCGAUCGUGCAGUGGGUUUAGAAUCAAACAACACAUUUGUCGAUGAAGCCCUUGAGCAAGUGCGAGAAUGUUUACAACCUGAAGAGCAUACCCAAGAACUUUCUAAUCUAGAGAGGCCCAACAUAGAACCAGAAAAAUUGUCUUUGGUUGCAUCCGAACUGGUUAUUGAGUCUGUUAAAAUAGAACCUGAGGACGCUUCGAUUACCCAGAGCAUUCCUAAGCUCAACCAGCAAUUACCAACGCUUGAACAUGACGAAGAUAGUAUGGAGCCCCAUAUGUACGACAGUACAGAGCUAGACGGAAAGAUCUAUAUAUGUCAAUACUGUCCUUUUGCUACGCUUCUCCGAAAUGAUUACUUGCUCCACUUCGAGGACCAUCCGCGAGUUCUACGAUGUGUUUGCGGGUUCUUGACCGACAGAGCGUAUACUCUGCGGCGGCAUGUAGAAAAAACAGGUUGUGACCAUUCUAAAUACUCCCACAGUGGUAAGAUUUAUAAGUGUCAGUACUGUUCAUACAUAUCGACCAGUAAGAGCCACUAUGUGCGGCACUGGAGAACCCAUCCGAAGAACCUCCGUUGCCUUUGUGGGUUCACAACUGACCGUAAAUUUUCCCUGAGGCGGCAUUUGAAAACUGCAAAAUGUGAGGAGAUCUACGGUAAAAAGGUGGACUGGGAUGAUUUUAAUAAGCGUCGAACACCCGCGUAUGUCAAAAAUAAUAAACCGUUUCAAUUAGUGUGGCUUGGCGAGGGUAACCCUGAGCUUGCAGAAGAAGAACCCAGCGAUAACAACACAACAAAUGGGUACAAAUGUUCCUACUGCGCGCACAUCUCGAAGGACCGUCGGGAGUACUUGUCCCAUAGUAGAACGCAUCCGAAAAACUUCCAGUGCCUUUGUGGAUUUGAGACAGACAGAAGGUUCACCUUCCAGCGGCAUCUGCUCAAAUGGGGCUGUGAGAAGGCUUAUGGAAAGAGGAUGGAUUUAGGACCGAGAGUUUCUCGGAAAGCCAGGAAGAAAGCAGUACACACCAAAGCACAAUUGGACUCGGCACUUGAAGCAGUGAGUUCAGAAUCAGGAGCAACGCCUUUCGAAGGAGAUAUAAAGCUUGAGGAAGAAUGUUUGUUACCAGAAGGUAAUACAACGGAGCCUGCAGUUCAUUAUGCUGCUGACACUGAAGGGGAAGAUUUACCGUUAAGUGAUUCAGACAUUAUUAUUGAAGCUGUUAAAAUUGAACCUGAGGACGCUUCGAUUUUCGAAGAUAUUUCAAAGCUCAGCGAGGAAUAUUCAACUCCAGAGAUUCAUACGGAACUCAUAAGUGAAGACAAUACUCAGAAGACACAAAAGAUCUUCACAUGCACGUACUGUCCCUUCACUACGGUAGUUCAAACGGAUUACAUGUUGCACUACAGAGGCCAUCCGAGAGUUCUACGCUGUGUUUGUGGGUUCAUGACCGACAAACAGUUCACUUUACAGCGACACGUAGCCAUUUCGGGCUGUAACAGGACUGUAAACGAUGAGCUUGGCCGUCCAAGAUCCUCUCGACAUUGGAAACUCUUUAAGUGCCGGUACUGUUCGUACAGUUCGACCAGUCGGGCAGACUACGUGAUGCAUUGGAAAUGCCAUCCUAAGGUUCUUCGUUGCCUUUGUGGGUUCACAACCGACCGUAAAUUUUCCUUGGUACGGCAUCUGGGAGUAGUAAAAUGCGAAACGACCUACGGUAAAAAGGUGGACUGGGAGGCUUACCAGCGAGGAGCACGCGGAUGGCUCAGAAAUCGAACGCCGUUUGAUAUUUCUUGGAUCAACGUGGAAAACCAUGAGAUUGCCAUUGCCCCAGAGCAACCUCAAGCAGCACCGCAAAAUAAAAUCUUCAAGUGUACUCUCUGUUCAUACACAACAACCAAUCGUCAAAAGCAUCGGUCCCAUUACAGAACACAUCCCAUGAAUUAUCAUUGUUUUUGCGGCUUUUCGACCGACAGAAAAUUCAGCCUCCAGAGGCAUCUGCGCAAGAAGCGUUGCGAGGAGAUUUAUGGAAAAAGAUUUGAUUUUGAGCAGAUACCGUCUAGGAAACGCAGGGCGAAAGAUUUUAUCAACCUAGACAGCACCGAAUCUACGAGUUCGAAACAGAUCGAAGAGUCGGCUAUCGCAUCGAAUUCUGCAGACAUACCAACAGGAUCGACUGCAGCAGUAGUCGGUGAGGAAACUGUUAAUCUUGAGGAAUCAAUCAGCCAAGAAGUCUCGACAAAACUAGAACAUCAUGAAGAAGGUCAAGAAGAUUCCAUGAAUGUUGAUCUAAACGACUAACCAAUCAAAUAUUCACGAGUUUAGCGUACUCAUCGCUUAAAUACUACUGGGGAGUGUUAUGGCUUAUUCCGGAGUUUAACUUAAUGAAUAAAACCGAAUUUAAUCCUCAACCGCGAA